AUGGUCAGCUUCCGGCCGUCCGUCGAACCCAUGCCGAUGGACGCCAGUGACCGGACGGACACGGCGUCCGACCACGACCGGAGCGGCGACGCGUCCCGGUGCUGGUUGUGUGCCGACGCGCACAUCGUCGGGUUGUGGUUCGCCGAGCCGAUGGCCAUCGCGGCCGCGGAAGGCGAGCCCGGCACGCCGAGCGACCGCAGGCUGGGCGACAGCGCCCCGGCCGACAUGGGCGACAACGUCUGCGGCUGGCCACGGCACGAACCGCUCCGCGACACCGGAUGCCGGCGGCCCCUUCCCACGGCACCACCACCACCCGCACAUCCACCGUCGCUGCUGUCACUUCCGCUGCUGCAGACCGCCGUCGUCACGUACUUCCGCCGCGGCUCUUGUUGA